UUCUUUGAUACGCUCCCCGCGGUCAGUGUUGCGCUCCUGCUGUAUGGAGAACUUCCGCAGUGCCUUGAGACGACAGACGAGCACCGGCGUCGAUAAACGUCAGGCCGUGGCGAAGGGCCACGCCCUCAAGAUACCACGAGCACUUUGGGCAAAGAUCUCCAUGCGCACGCCUUUGCACCCACAAGUCGGAUCACAAGACCGGACGAGGUGUUCCAUCUGCUGCCCCACGAUGCGUGUGUCCUAUAAGAAGGGCCUUGGACUGCUCGUGAUCAGCAGUUUCCUGCUGGUCGUGCUGUUAAAUAGCCGGAGUCCAGGAAGCGGCUUAGGAGUUGACCUACGGCCUGGAAGGAUCAAUGAAUUGGAGACUACCAUCAUGGAGCAACUUCAAGACCGCUUGAAUGACUAUCAUGACAUUUCCUAUCACAUAAAAGAGGAUGUAGCAUGUCGAUUGGCAAGAAAUACGUGUUUCUGUGUGGCUGAUAAGGAGACGUUUCAGCUGCCUUUCUCCAAUCUGUUCUUCCCGCGCGUAAAGGCUCAUAACCCAGGCCUGAAAUUUUUACAAUCCCAUCCUGACCCCGAGGGUGUGAAGCAGAGCCGAGCUCGAGAAUACAGCGGUGUUCAAAUGAGGUCCUCCAGUCCUGCAGAUGUGCUGAUUGUAAAUGAGGCUAACAGUCCUCUUCAGUUUCCCUCCCAGGGUGUGGCAGUGCGGCCCCUCGGCACAAUCCUCAUACCAGGUUUGGGUCUUAUUGAGGAAGCAACAUCAAACCAUACGGUAUAUUUGACUGCCACACUGGGGACUUUUGAUGUCGCUGCCACAGUGGAGAGGGUCUCGAUUAAAGGAGAAGGAAAGCCUCACAUGAUCGUCUCAAGCGCUUUUCUCUCCGCCCUGAACAGGCAGUUGCAGUUUAUCACCUAUACAAACACUGUGUUUCAUCCCAGGACCGCAGACACAGUUGAGUUUGCAACUCAAGGUCACAGCUCAUUUUUCACCAUAAAAAUUGGACAUCCCGCCGUCCCACGACUUUACAACUCAGGCUAUCCAAAAGAGACCAACAUUAGCGCUCUUGUUACCAUUGUGACCAAGACCUUUCUACGUUAUGACAAACUCCAAGAUCUCAUUGACAGCAUACGGCAAUAUUAUCCAACUGUCACCAUUGUGAUAGCAGAUGAUAAUGAGCAUCCUCAGCAAGUAACCGGACCCCAUAUUGAGCAAUUCAUUAUGCCAUUCAAAAAAGGUUGGUUUGCUGGGCGAAAUUUGGCAGUGUCUCAGGUGACCACCAAAUAUGUGCUUUGGGUGGACGAUGACUUCAUCUUCAAAGCAGACACCAAGUUAGAGAAGAUGGUGGACAUUCUUGAGAGGACCAGUCUGGAUCUGGUUGGGGGUGCGGUUCGAGAGGCAACAGGUUGGACUUCAACCUUCCGUCACACCAUUUCAGUGGAAACGGGGGGAGAAGAUGGCGACUGUAUACAUAUUCGGCGCGGCUACCAUCAUGCCAUUAAGGGAUUUCCCAAUUGUGUGGUCACCGAUGCUGUUAUCAACUUCUUCAUGGGGAGAACUGACAAAGUACAGCAGGUGGGCUUUAACCCCCGCCUGGCUCGCCACGGCCAUCUGGAGUUCUUCAUUGACGGGCUGGGUUCUCUUCACAUCGGCUCCUGCAAUGACGUGGUUAUAAACCACGCGUCAAAGAUUAAACUGCCGUGGAGUGGAACAAAAUCUGAAAAGGCCUAUAAAAAAUUUCGAUACGCUCAAGAAAGUGACCUUCAUGAUGAAACCUUUUACUUCACAAACAGGUUCAAAUGCAUGACCUCGCAUUCAUGACGUCUGCCCUCCCUUUUCAUGCUAAUUGCAAUGUGAUUAUGUUUGUAUUUAUGUAUUUAUUGUUGUCUCUGCCAAAUCAUGUGGAGGUUUUUUUUUUGGUAUUACAACAAUGUUAAUGUCCCGUUUGUCCUCUUGAACAUCACCUAUGGGAGGGAAAAUGCAUCCUUUAAGUUAAUUCAAGACAUUUGUGUGCAGUGAAAGAAAUGGUGUGUUGAAUUUACUCUUAUUGUAUUUUAUCAAGUGGUUGCAUUCACAGAAUCACCUGGAUUCAGAUACAUUGUUUUUAGUAGGUGUACAGUAUAAUCCACUUAAAAAUUGGACCCAGAUGACUUUGCUGAACGCAACCACUUGACAAAAUUAACUGAGUCAAUUCAACAUAAAAAAAAAUUUCAUCUUGGUUUUGACUCCUGAUCUGAGUUCCACAGGGUGGCCUUACCACUGACUAUUGUGCCACCUUGUGGUUGAUAUUUGUGGCGCAUGAGCUACAUAGUAUUACGUAAGCACACGCGCACGCGCGCGCAAGUACACACACACACACACACACACAUUACAUUGGUAUAUUGAUUGCACUUGAUUAAACUGUGAUAUAUCGAUGUCAUCUCCCUGCACAUUCCUCUAAAUAAAUUAUAUGCGUUAGUUUAACAUGCUUGAUGGUUACGCCUAUUCGGCAGCAUGCGUGGAUCAGCGCUCAUUUUCGUGGGGAGGAAUGUCGGCACUAUUUGACUGUCAUCGUUUUACAGCCUUGUGGGGGGUUUUGCACCUGUAAUGGCCAGCAUUUUUCACAGCCCCGUUUUGUUUAGCGGAGGUGUUGGUGCUGUUGAACAAUCUUCCUUGGUGCGGCUGGAUGGAUGGCUUGUCGGAGCUGAGGAUGAGGGGAGAGGAGCGUUGGCGUGAAGCGUGGAUUUCCACCUGAGAGUUGGAAUUGGAAUUGAAGCGGAUUUACAUGGGACAGGAGGGAAAAAAAAUCUUCAAUAUUUCGUCAAUGGACAGCUUCUUGUUGACUUUGAAACUUAGCUCGUAGCAGGCAUGUGCACAUUUGGAGCAUGACGUCUCUGCUCCAGUGGUUAAAGGACACUUUGAUUUUCUACUCUUUCAUCGAGAACUGCUUCAAACAACAAGGCUGGAAUAUUAUGAUUGCAUGACCGCCCGUGUUUUAUGUGGUGUGUUAUAUUACCGUAUUAUUUUAUGUUAACUGUUCUGUAAAUUGCUUUUUUUAUAGCUGCAGGUGAGGUGAAAGCGCUAGAUCAGGGGUCAGCAACACGCGGCUCCAGAUCUUUAGCGACAUCUAGUGGCUCCCUGGAGCUUUAUAAAACAUGUUUGAAAAUGGAAAAAGAUUUUGAUAUUCGGCUGUAUAGCUCAAAUAGAUGUAGAUACAUAUUGCAGCUCCGAAAAAGGAGAGCUGCGGUGUUGGUGUUUUAAAACGUACACUUUAUUUGUGCUUUUAACAGCCUCCACAAACACACACAUCUGCGUCCAACUCCGUGCCUUCUCUCUUCCUGUUCGACUCGAGAGGCGUUCAAAGACAGCCUCCGAAAAACGGAAAUUAAUGAUCACUUCAUUGACAAUAAGAAAAGUGAAAAUAAUUCACCAAAAAAAAAAUCAAGCGAGGAAAUCACAAAAUAAAUUCUAUGGGGGCAUUUGUGAACACACAACAAAGGAAUGAAUAACAAACCAUUUGGAGACAGUCCAGUCUCCUACAUACAUAGAGUAUGUGUUUCCUUCAUUGUAAAUUUUAUAGAAGGCUUUAAUUUUUUUGCGGCUCCAAACACAUUUUUGUUGUUGUUGUUUUUUUUGUCCUAUAUGGCUCUUUCGACAUUUUGGGUUGCCAGCCCCUGCGCUAGAUAAAUGAAUAUGUAUUUUGCUAGAUGUGCAACUUGAAAAUCAAGUGUACUUUUAUUUUUGGGUGGAGUGGAGCUUCGAAAGUCAAACGCAAUCUGCUGUUUUUCAACAUUAGCUUUGAUGGAGUUCAGUUCUAAUUUAAAAGUGGCAAUGUCACAAAAAUCAAGUAACUACACAGGUGAAAUUUAAGUCACAUUUUACAUUCUAACCAAUCAUAAAAAUAUUAAAAGAAAUGAACUGUCAUUUAAUGUGUCUACCUUACAUAAAAUCAAACCAAAAUGAGAGAAAAUUACAAAGACAGCUUUGUUGGUGAUACACGUCAGCCUCUUUGUUCAUAAUAUGCAAUGAUUUAGUAAGAAGACACUGUUGAAAAAGAUUCAAAUAACAUGUUUUGUUAGAUUUAAUGCAUAACAUGGAUUAGUGCACACUUUAAAAAUUGUUUCAUCACUUUAUCACUGUGUAUCCUAUUUAGUAGAAAAUGUGUAAGAAAUGCUUUCUUAUACAGCACUAAGUCACAAAUAACUAAAAAUAA